AUGGCCAUGAUCAUGACCGUCGGGAUGAUCGGAGAGAGUGGUAGGUCGGCCGGCGCCUGGCAGCUUGGACGAAGAGGAUCCACCCGCGAACCCAAGUACGCUUUCCGCGCUCUGGACGAGGGAAACUGGACGGUCGACUUCGAAUUGGCGAAUCCCUACACACCUCCGCCAUUAAGACUCCAGACAUUGCGACUCGAAGACAACAGCGGCAUAUAUGCUAGUAACUUCCACGUAGCAUAUCAAGAAAAGGGCCUCACUCCACGCUUUGCGUAUCGAGAGCCCGGCUCGGGCGCCUCUAUUAUAACGCUGAGUGUUGACGGUCAGAAGCUCCGCAUUCUUGAACGAGGAGAACUAAACCAGCACUCUCCUUGGGGAGUCUCACGAGCUUUAUGCUCUUUCGAGAGUCUUCUCGACAAGACUACCGAAAUAAGUACCGCCAGCGCUACUAACGACCGCACAUCACAUACCGAGAGCGGCACGAAUCCGAGUACUGGACCACAUUUCUGCGCAACGUGCUUUCUUGGAAGUCCCAUCACGCCAUUUGGCUCGACUAGCAUCGGAUUCGAGAACAAGAAAGAUGCCAAGAAGGCUGCGUUUUGUGGCCGCGUAGCUACAGACAGACUCGAGGAUCCAGCCACCGGUCAGAGCUGGGCAGCGCGGCAGAUCCGGGCAGCGCGGUAG